AUGGUCAGAUCAUACCAACGUUUUGAGCAAGCUUCUGCUUUUGGUGUAAUAGCAUCCAACGCCAAUUGUGUCUGGAUACCUGCGUCAUCCAGAACUAAUAAUGGUAGUGGACCGGGACAAUUGAUAACGAGUGCCCUCGAGGACGUUAAUAUAUGGGAUAUUAAGACCGGAGAUUUGAUCAGUACAUUAUCCGAUGGCUUGCCUCCAGGUGCGUCCGAUGCCAGGGGCGCCAAGCCAGCCGAGUGUACAUAUUUGGAGGUACAUCAAGAUACUGAUUUAUUAGCUGUCGGUUACGCAGAUGGUGUCAUUAAAGUUUGGGAUUUAAUGUCUAAGACUGUGCUUUUGAACUUUAACGGUCACAAAGCAGCCAUAACAUUAUUACAAUUUGAUGGGACCGGCACCAGAUUGAUUUCUGGUUCCAAGGACUCUAAUAUCAUUGUGUGGGAUCUUGUUGGUGAAGUUGGUCUGUAUAAACUAAGAUCACACAAGGAUUCUAUUACUGGGUUUUGGUGCCAAGGAGAAGAUUGGUUGAUUAGCACCUCUAAAGACGGGAUGAUCAAGUUAUGGGAUCUAAAAACACAUCAAUGUAUAGAGACACAUAUUGCGCAUACAGGAGAGUGUUGGGGCCUUGCAGUAAAGGACGAUUUACUGAUUACAACUGGUACAGAUAGUCAAGUAAAGGUUUGGAAAUUGGACAUGGAGAAUGACAAAAUGGGGGAAAAAUUAACCGAGAUGGGUAUUUUCGAAAAGCAAAGUAAACAGCGUGGGUUGAAGAUUGAAUUCAUAACCAAUGCAUCCGACAAAACCUCUUUUUUUUACAUUCAAAAUGCUGAUAAAACCAUCGAGACUUUCAGAAUUAGAAAAGAAGAAGAAAUAGCAAGAGGUUUAAAGAAAAGAGAGAAGAGGUUAAAAGAAAAGGGUUUGACAGACGAAGAAAUUGCAAAAUCUAUUAAAGAUUCCUACACCUCAUUUAUAUUGCAUCCUUUUCAAACGGUAAGAUCAUUGUAUAAAAUAAAAUCUGCAUCAUGGACAACGGUCACAAGUUCCAAAUUAGAGUUAGUAUUAACUACAUCGAGUAAUACAAUCGAGUAUUACUCCAUUCCAUAUGAAAAAAGAGACCCAACAAGCCCUGCUCCCCUCAAGACGUAUACUAUUGAAUUGCAAGGGCAAAGAACGGACGUGCGUAGUAUUGACAUUAGUGACGAUAACAGGUUACUAGCCACGGCAUCCAAUGGUUCAUUAAAAAUCUGGAAUAUCAAAACGCACAAAUGUAUUAGAACUUUCGAAUGUGGGUAUGCAUUAACUUGUAAAUUUUUGCCAGGUGGACUACUAGUCAUACUGGGGACAAGAAACGGAGAGUUACAACUUUUUGACCUAGCCUCGUCAAGUCUUUUAGAUACCAUUGAAGAUGCACAUGAUGCUGCAAUUUGGUCUCUAGAUUUGACAUCAGAUGGUAAACGAUUAGUGACCGGAUCUGCCGAUAAGACUGUCAAAUUUUGGAAUUUCGAAGUUGAAAAUACCUUAGUGCCAGGUACCAAGAGCAAAUUCUUACCCAUUUUGAAGCUACACCAUGAUACCACUUUAGAAUUAACUGAUGACAUUUUAAGUGUACGGAUCUCCCCCGACGAUAAGUAUCUAGCCAUUUCUUUGCUAGAUAAUACUGUUAAGGUAUUCUUUUUAGACUCAAUGAAGUUUUACCUAAGUUUAUAUGGGCACAAAUUACCUGUUCUAUCUAUUGAUAUUUCAUUCGAUUCUAAGAUGAUUAUCACAUCCUCGGCAGACAAAAAUAUCAAGAUUUGGGGUUUAGAUUUUGGUGACUGUCACAAGUCUUUAUUCGCCCAUCAGGAUUCGAUUAUGGACGUUAAAUUUUUACCAGAAUCCCACAAUUUCUUUAGUUGUUCCAAAGAUGCAGUGGUGAAAUAUUGGGAUGGUGAGAAAUUCGAAUGCAUUCAAAAACUAUACGCUCAUCAAAGCGAAGUUUGGGCAUUGGCCGUUGCUACCGAUGGUAGCUUCGUUGUUUCUUCAUCCCAUGAUCAUAGUAUAAGAAUCUGGGAAGAGACCGAAGAUCAGGUAUUUUUAGAAGAGGAAAAAGAGAAGGAACUUGAAGAACAAUACGAAGAUACAUUGCUAACUUCUUUAGAAGAAGGAAACGGUGAUGACGCAUUUAAAGGCGAUGCAACAGGUGAGAAUGUUGAAGAUGAAGCAUCCGAUGUUCAUAAACAAACUCUAGAAUCUUUAAAGGCUGGUGAAAGAUUGAUGGAGGCACUAGAUUUAGGAAUUGCUGAAAUUGAAGGAAUGGAGGCAUACAACAGGGAUAUGAAGUUAUGGCAAAGGAAGAAGUUGGGUGAAGCACCAAUAAAACCACAGGGUAAUUCUGUUCUUAUUGCCGUAAAUAAGACGCCUGAACAAUAUAUUAUGGAUACACUGUUAAGAGUAAGAGUAUCUCAGCUAGAAGAUGCGUUAAUGGUUAUGCCAUUCUCGUAUGUCCUAAAAUUCCUAAAAUUUAUUGAUACCGUUAUGCAAAAUAAAACUUUGUUGCACUCUCAUCUACCAUUAAUUUGCAAGAACUUAUUUUUCAUUAUCAAAUUUAAUCAUAAAGAAUUGGUUUCUCAGAAGAACGAAGAAUUAAAACUGCAAAUAAAUAGAGUAAAAACUGAAUUAAGGAGUGCAUUGAAAUCUACCGAGGAUGAUUUAGGGUUCAAUGUUCAAGGUUUGAAAUUUGUCAGACAACAGUGGAAUCUAAAGCACAACUACGAAUUCGUUGAUGAAUAUGACCAACAAGAGAAAGAGGGUAAAAGUGCGAGAAAAAGAGUCUUUGGAACGGUUAUAUAA